CAGCCAGGCCUCUUUCCUAGUCUCAAAAUCAAAAAUCAAAAAAUCUUUCAAAAUUAAACUCUUAUUUUGAUCAGAAUCACUACAAAAAACUUGCACCAACAUUUAAGACUUUUAAUCACAAUUAUAAACGAAUAAUAGCUUGGGAGAAUGGCAUUCAUUCGUUCCAAGAUUACUCUGGGAUCGCUGGCACGCGUUGCCUUUCGCUGGAGCGGUCCUGGGUUCGCGCUCGUCAGCUACAGCCAGGAGCCGUAUCUGGUGAAGGCCGUGCAGGGCAAGUCCAAGUCCAGAAUUUCCGAACUACAGUCCGUAGUGCAGUCCGGCGUGCAGAGAAGAUACCAGCCCGCAGUGCCGUCGGACAGUCAGUCCAGAGCCCAGGCCACCCAGUGCUACGGCGAGGACAGCUUUUUCUUCAGCUCCACGCCCACAGCCGAUGUGCUGGGCGUGGCCGAUGGCGUGGGCGGCUGGCGCGAAAUGGGCAUCGAUGCGGGGCUCUUCGCCAAGGAUCUGAUGCAUCGCUGCUUCACCCACGCCCAGAGGCCCACCUUUGAUGCGCGCAAUCCGCGCAAUCUGCUGAUCCAGUGCUACGGCGAAAUGAAGCGAAGGUGGAAGCCCAUUCUGGGCAGCAGCACCGCCUGUGUGGUGGCCCUGAACCGCAGCGAGUCCACCCUGUACACCGCCAACCUAGGGGACAGCGGAUUCAUAGUGAUCCGCAAUGGCAGCGUGCUGAAUCGUUCCGAGGAGCAGACGCACAGCUUCAACAUGCCCUUCCAGAUGACGGUGCCGCCGCCAGAGUCCAGUCAUGACUUGUGGUUCUGCGAUGAUCCUGCCAAGGCGGUGGCCACCCGUCUUCUGCUGCAGCCGAACGACCUCGUGCUGCUGGCCACCGACGGACUCUUCGACAACAUGCCCGAGAGCAUGCUGCUCGAUAUGCUGGCCAAAGUGCAGGGUGUCCAUGAGGAGAAGGCCCUGCAGGAGGCGGUCAAUCGUGUGGUGGAACGGGCCAGUGCUCUUUCGACCAACCCCAUAUAUAUGUCUCCGUUCUCCAUCAAGGCGAUGGAGAACAAUGUGGAGUAUCCGCGUGGCGGCAAGCCGGAUGACAUAACCGUGGUCCUUGCCAGCGUGGCGAUGCGCAAGCGGCAUACAACCAGUGCGGCGAAUUCCACUGAAUGUUAAGGGGGUGUGUGUGUGGUGUGACCUAUUGACCCCACACACACGCACACGUCUAUGGGGGAGGCGUUAUCACAGUUAAAUCAAAAGUUAAAAGUGUUUCCCGGCAAAUAUUAUUCCAAAGUCAAUCAAAAAGUCACCAAAAGUUGGCAGCGAUAAAAAUUAAAUAUACAAUUUGUUUAUAGAAAAACAACAACAACAAAA